AUGGGUGCUAAAGGCCGACCGAUUAACAAUAACAAUACAGGUUCUCCGAAAGUUGAAGUUGGAGAAAUAGACACAAGAGCUCCCUUUCAAUCCGUCAAAGAUGCCGUCAGUUUAUUCGGCGAAGGUGCCUUCUCAGGGGAAAAACCCUCAAUUAGGAAGCCUAAACAACCUCAGUCUGCAGAGAGGGUGUUUGCUAAGGAAACACAACUUCACUUAGCUCAGAAAGAGUUGAAUAAGCUGCAGGACCAACUAAACAAUGCAGAAACCACCAAAUCGCAAGCUCUAGUCGAGCUUGAAAAGGCUAAGAGAACUGUCGAAGAUUUGACCCAGAAGCUUAAAGCUAUCAGCAUUUCAAAGGAAUCAUCUGUAAAGUCCAUAGAAGCUUCUAGGGAUCAAGCUAGGCAGGUUGAAGAAGCCAACAGCAACUGUGGUGGUUUCGACGGUUUCAAACAAGAGGAUUUGGAUAACGCGAGAGAGAAAUACAUGACUGCCACCGCCGAACUCGACAAUGCCAAAGAGCUACGCCGAAUCCGCCAAGACCGCGAUUUCCUACUCGAAACGAAAACUGCCGCCGCCAAGACUGUGUCAGAGGCGGAGCUCGCGGUAGAAUUGAACGUCGCAAAAGCUAGUGAGAUUUCAAACGAAAUCACCCAUCUUCGUGAAUCGUUGGUUCAGGUUAAGCUCGCCACUUCCCAUUCGCUCGAAGAGCAAGAGAAGAUCUUUGCGGAAAAGGAUGUCCGUAAGCAAAAUUAUAAAGCUUCUAUCGAAGAGUCGGCCAAGAAAUUAACUUCCUUGAAGAACGAGUAUGAUCCUGAACUUGCUAAAGGUUUAGAAUCACGGUUGGCUCUUACUCUAACCGAGAUUGGAUCUCUGCAAGAGGAAAUUGAGAAAGCUAAAGAUGCAGAUGUUACGUCCGUGAAGAGGGUAACGUCGGAGCUCGACGAUGCGAAGGAGUCUCUCUAUAAAGUUGUGGAAGAGGAAACCUCGUUGAGAAAUUUAAUGGAAUCACUUAAGAUUGAACUGGAGAAUGUUAAGAAAGAACAUUCCGAGAUCCAACAGAAGGAAGGCGAAACCGAAAACAUUGCAGACGGUUUACAGGAGAAACUAAUUGCGGCUAAAUUGGAGCUCGAGGCAGCUCUUGCGGAAGAAUCCAAAGUUAAAGGUGUUUCGGAAGAAAUGAUUUCCACGCUCAAUCAGCUAACGUCGGAGAGUGUGACUAUGAGGCGCGAGGCGGAAGAAAUGAAGAGGAAAGCGGAAGAGCUUCGUUUGGAGUCAGAAGCGACGAGAGUUAAAUUAGAAGAACGGAAAGCGAACUAUCGGUUGCGUUGGCAGAAACCGAGGGAAGCGAAAGCAGCGGAGGGAAGAGCUCUGGAUGAGAUAAGGACAUUGUCGGAGCAAGCGAGGUGCGUUCGCGCGUCCACAUCUGAAUCGGGGGCGCAGAUAACGAUUUCGAAAGAGGAAUUCGAAUCUUUGAGCGGGAAAGCAAAAACGGAGGAAUGGGACAGGCUGACGGAGAUGAGAGUGGCGGCUGCGAUGGCUCAAGUGGAGGCGGUGAAGGCGAGCGAGAACGAAGCAGUUCAGAAGUUGGAGAUGAUGGCGAAAGAGAUUGAAGAGACGAAAAUGUUGACUAAUGAGGCCUUGAAGAAGGUGGAAAUGGCCGAGGCGGCCAAGAAGGCGGUGGAGGGAGAGCUUAGAAGGUGGAGAGAACGCGAGCAGAAGAAAGCAGCGGAGGCUGCGUCUAGAAUUCUGGCUGAAACAGCUAUUGUGUCUUCGCCCAAAUUGUCUCCCCAACCACAGCCACAGCAAGCUGUGGUUGUGGUGGCAGCAGGAGGAGGAAAGAAAAAGAAGAAUUUGGAGAAGUCGAAAACAUCAGUUACCAAUAAAGUGCUUGUUUCUAAUCUAACUGGCGUGUUUUAUAGGAAGAAGAAGCAAGUAGAAAGUGGAUCUCCAUCUUUUCUGCCCGGUGAGAACAACCCAAUCUGAUCAUCAAUCGAAGCUCCUCUGGUUUUCCUUUUGCCCUUUUGUUUUUGUAAAAUUGACAGGCUGAGUUUGAGACUUUUGUGUGCAUAGGAUUGGAGACUCUUCUUCUUUUUUGUCUACUUGCCUUGUAAAGCUGGUGUGUUGCUUGUUUUGCCCCCCUUGUCUUAUAAAGUUGUAUGUAAAAGUUUACCAACCUUCUUCAUUGGUUCA